AAGCUUUUUCUCUGACUCAAUUUCUUCCACUAUUUCCUUCAAAGAAAAAUCACACACAUCGUAUAGACCUCUGCUUUGGAGAGACUCAUAUUUCUCCAAUGGCAGUUUAUUGGAGCUCGUAUCUCUCUCUUUGUUCAUUGCUAGUUGUGAUGAUAUUAGUCAUCAAUGCCACUCCUGGUAACAGUGCUGAAGCAGCAAAGCAAUUUCAGGGCUUAAAGAACUCGACAAUGGCGAACAGGUUAAGUGAAGAAAAUGUACCAAACCAUGAACAACAUGCUGUAGAUGAUCCAGAAAUGGUGGCUUCAAUGGUAGACAUGAGCAUUAGGAAUAGUACAGAGAGGAGGAAAUUGGGUUUUUUCUCAUGUGGAACUGGAAAUCCUAUUGAUGAUUGCUGGCGAUGUGACAAAAAUUGGCAACGUAACCGUAAGCGUCUAGCUGAUUGUGCUAUUGGCUUUGGACGCAAUGCUAUUGGUGGUCGCGAUGGAAAAUACUAUGUUGUCACUGAUCCAAAUGAUGACGACCCUGUAAAUCCCCGACCUGGAACACUUCGUCAUGCUGUAAUCCAGGACAGACCGUUGUGGAUUGUAUUUAAACGCGAUAUGGUUAUUACUCUUAAGCAAGAACUGAUUAUGAACAGUUUCAAGACAAUUGAUGGACGUGGUGUGAAUGUUCAUAUUGCUAAUGGGGCUUGUAUAACUGCCCAAUUUGUUACUAAUAUUAUUAUUCAUGGGAUUAAUAUUCAUGAUUGUAAACCAACCGGUAAUGCCAUGGUUCGUAGCUCACCUAGUCAUUAUGGCUGGAGGACAAUAGCUGAUGGUGAUGGCAUUUCAAUUUUUGGGUCCAGCCAUAUUUGGGUUGAUCAUAACUCUCUUGCUAACUGUGCUGAUGGACUUAUCGAUGCUAUCAUGGGAUCAACUGCAAUUACCAUCUCCAACAAUUACUUUACACACCACAAUGAGGUGAUGUUAUUGGGUCACAGUGACUCCUAUGUUAGAGAUAAGAUUAUGCAGGUGACUAUUGCCUACAACCAUUUUGGUGAGGGGCUCAUUCAGAGAAUGCCUAGGUGUAGACAUGGUUAUUUCCAUGUAGUGAACAAUGACUAUACACAUUGGGAGAUGUAUGCCAUUGGUGGCAGUGCUUCUCCUACAAUUAACAGCCAAGGGAACCGAUACCUCGCCCCAACCAACCCUUUUGCCAAACAGGUGACACAUAGAGUGGUGCAAUCAGAAGAGUGGAAGCAUUGGAACUGGAGAUCAGAGGGAGACCUUAUGCUUAAUGGAGCUUUCUUCACCCCAUCCGGACAUGGCGCUGCAUCCAGUUAUGCUAGAGCUUCAAGUUUAGCAGCCAAGGCCUCUUCCCUGGUUGGCACUCUUACCUCAAAUGCUGGUGCACUUACCUGUCGCCGGGGCUACCAAUGUUAAUGUCUAAGACAUUGAACAUAACAGCAUAUUACUUUUACCUGUCCAGUGAAAAACGUCGUAUAAUCUUAGCCAAUUUUAUUCCUUCUCUACCUUGCAUCCCUUCCUAAACACCUCACCAGCAAGAUACAUAUGUAUUUUCUCUUAUACGCUAAAUGAUUCAAAACCCCUUGUCCAUUGUUCCAUCUGUCUAAUGCACCAGUACAGCAGCGCUCAACCUCGCCCUGCCUCAACGAGAAAAUUUUAGCUCGAGGAUCUGUGGAGCAGGUGUUGAAGUGUUGUCCUUCUUCUUGUUCCUUACCCUACACAUCACAUUUCUCCUUUUCUUCUACCAUGUUUGUUUUAAAAUCUUGAUCAGCAAACUACAUUUCUUGCUUAUGGUUAAUAGGAAAUCGACUUCUUUCUUUUCUCUCCUCUCAAUAUGGAGCAUUCAGAAGCAUAGUACUAAAAAAUUGCAGAAACAGGCACAAAAAAAAAAAAAAAAAAAAAAAAAAAAGAGGACAAUGAAAGUUGAUAUUCUGGUUUAAUGUUAAACAUGUUUAGCUUUAAAUGUUCGAACUGUCAGCCUAUAUAAUGUAAUUAUUAUGGUUUUGCUUAAGUUAUCGCUGCCUAUUUCUUUUCGUACUUUUCCCUUAUUCUGUAAAUGUCAGCAAAAGUUGACUUACUAUGAUAGCAAUUACAGUUUUGCUUUAA